AACUCCGCCCGCGUGUCCGUAUUUCGUGGCCCGUCCAUGUUCGUAGCCGCACCCGGCCCGCGAGAUAAAGUAUUAUUAAAAUAUCGCUGUUAAUCGUGUACGGAGAAUAAUACUGUAGCGUGCAAACGAUUCUGUGAAAAAUAUCGAACAAGUUAGAGUGUUGAAAUAUAAGUGCGGCACAGUUUCCCGGAAUCUUUUCGAGGGAUCAUCCGGCGAGGCGGCCAGACGGCGCGGCGCGCCUCUGAAAGAGCGCGUCGAAACGCGUUUUGUGCUUAUCGACAUUUGAGACAAUUUUAUUCAACCCAACCUCGGACCCUUGUUGGCAUACUGCCGUUUUAUAGGCAACACAACGGCGUGCGCGUGUCUAUUCGCCUAAGAAAUUGACUACGAUACACUUUCAUUUACUCGUAUUAAUUACCGCAGUCUAUAUCGCAUCGUAUUCGGCGAAGCGCAAUUUUGCGCGUGGCGCAGUUCGCCCGACGUUGUUUGUCUACCUUAGCUCCGUGUAUGUAAUCGUUGCAUGUCUUCAUGUCAACGUUUCUCUGUGAAAAGUGCAGCCGCACGUACGCGGACAUUCAAUUAAACCACUGCAGCUCUUAUUAAUAAUCUACUUUCUCAUCCUCCGACCUAAGUUUCGAUUCCUAAAUCGAACACACCGUUCAAUGCAACAUUGUUGGGGAUUAGCAUACGUUCAUUGUUAAAACAGCUGCCUUGUUUCAAGUAAACAUCAACAAGAUUAUACACCCCCCAUUUCUGUGAAUAUUUCACAAUGAAUAUUUAACGCGGCAGAAUAUAUCUGUCCACACGAUUCAGUUUUAUUUCUCCGAACCCUCCCCCACCCUUCUUCCCGGCUACUUGCCGUGUAUCCAGUGCAUCGUACAGCCGAAGUAGCCGACUAUCGGCCGCAUUGCUUCGUAUUGUGACAAAGAUCCUUGCCAAGCUAGGUGUGAGUCAAGGUGCACGUAUAUCUCCUCGCGUCUAUUAUGUCGUGUUUAUACGUUACAUAGAAUUAGCAGUUUAUUCCCGGAGCCAGAGUCGUUCGAUCGGAUCCUGUCAUGCAGAUUUCUUUGAGGAAGAAGAAGAAUCGAAAAGGUGUCGCGAAAUUGCAAUAGAGUGAAAGAUGCAGCAUCGCGGCGGUGAAUCAAAAAUAAAACACGAGGAGCAAAUACUGGAAGCUAUAGAUCAACUUCGGCGUAGAAAAGCUCGGCCAGAUGCAGAUAGAAUUUGUAAUUACUUGUUACGCAAAUGUUCUGUCGAUGCGCGUGAUACAAUCGCGGAUCUACAUCGGCUGAUAGAAGCUGAGAAAGUGAUCCAAGUAGACUAUAAGGGAAACACGAGUUACCGUAAUGCCUCUAAGUGGUCGAGGCUUCAACUUUACAAGAAUAAACCGGAGGGAUUUGUGAAAGAAAAAUUGAACUCGUCAAUGGUUGCGGGUGCCGUGGCGGAGUUGGUUGUGGCCGAACCGGAUUACCUUGAUCAGGGCGUACCGGCGGACAGAUUAAUCGAGCAGUUAAUGAAUGGGAGCACAAGUCCGACGACUCGACGCGUCGUCGAUGACUUUUUGAGCAAAGAAGUGGCGAGCGGUAAUUUGACGAGGUUGAACAACGGCAAUUACUCCCUGGUGGCAACACCUGACAUGACGCAAGAGUCCGUUCACCAGGAGAACUCUCGUCAGGAAAACGGUAUAAAAAAAAACACAUCCAAGAAUUUGGCCGUGGUGAAUGCCUACGAUUUUACCGAAUGCGACGACAUGACCGUAACGGAUUCCAGGUCAAAUACGCCGAAGUCGUCCGGCGAGGCGAGUCCGAAACAAGAUUCGCUGAAAAAGGAUGAGUAUUGCGAAAUCGCCACUGGCACUAAGCAAACCUUGCAAAAUUCUCACAAGGAUAAUUCGAGCACGAAAUCGCGUUCCCGUUUCAUCGAUAAUAAGGAAGAAUCCUUGAACAGGAGUAACAAUCAUCAGCCUAACCUUAAAAAAGCGUCGAAAUCUGAACGCAAACAACGUCUUCAAGUAAGGAGUGAAGAACCGGUUGAAAUUCAAAUCAAUUACGAAGACUAUCGUACUGAUCGUAAGGAAGAAACAGAGCAGAGAGAUGAGUCUGAACAGCUCAGCGAGGAACGUGACGAAGAGGAUGCAGGUAGAAGCUCCACUAAUCCUUCGCCAACUCCGUCGUCCACUAAUACUGGUGGAUUCCGAAGCGCUCGCCGAAAGAGAGCGAAGAAAGUUUUUGAUCCGUCAGACAAUAAUCUUGUGAGGCGAAAAAGAGGGCGGCAAUCUGGUUCCCAGAACAAAACGGCAAUGAUCGUAUCACAGGAUUCUCAGGAAGCGGUAAAACCAAGUGCAAAGGAGGGUCCACACAGGCAUUGCAGUCUUUGUGCAAAACAGAAGCAAGAGAGACUUGUUGCGUGUCGAGAUUGUACCGUCAGAGCGCAUCCCAGCUGCAUUUACUCGCCAGAAGAACUGAUACACAAAUUGGACAGUAGUUGGCAAUGUGAACGAUGCAAGAGCUGCACAGUUUGCUGCGAAACAUCUGAUGCUGGUCCGCUGAUAACUUGUUAUUCCUGUGACGAAGCUUAUCAUUCUUCGUGUCACACCCCUCGGAUAUCAGUUACUAAGUCAACGACAAAGUGGCACUGUAACAACUGCACACAAAAGCACAGUAAAACAAAUAAUACACAUAGCUUCAGUUCCAACACAAGCCGUCCAGUAACACCUUCACAUCCAUCUGUACUACCCCCUGUUUUAAGUCCGCAAGUUUCCCCUGCUAGGGGGUCUUCCGAUCAAAUGGAUGACGAUGGGCCCAGAGAUGGUAUUGACCCAAAUAUCCCGGACGCUUCCGACUGGACUUCUGAACAGGUUUAUCAAUAUUUUGCGAGACUCUUUCCGAAGGAAGCUGAAGUUUUUAGACAGCAGGACAUAGAUGGUCAUUCGCUAUUGCUAAUGAAGCGUUCCGACGUUUUGAGUAGUAUGGAUUUACUUCUGGGACCGGCAUUGAAGAUUUAUCGACACGUUUUGAAACUUCAAAUACGCAGAGACGACCCUAGAUUGUAUUGGCUAUAAUAUAGAACAUCAAUCCAUUUGCGUAAUAUUUAACUCUUUUUAUUUAACUCUGCUUUCACAUGGAUAUUCGUUAUUAUUAUUUUGAAUAGUGUAUUCCAAAACUACAAUAUCAGAUUAUUCUUCAUUUGACAAUCAUCAGUGGUACCUAUUGAUUUCCUAUUUUUUUUCCUUCUUCCAUAACAGUACAAAAAUGACGUACUGGUCAAAAUACUGCUCAAUGUACCAUUUGCUCGCGAAUACUGUACUCUACCUUCAAGCUCAACGUAGGGAAUUUUAAGAUUUCGUCCUUUAUAUUAUAUUGGUUUAAAAUUGAGGCGGUCGGUAUGCAGUGAUUGCACCUGUUUUAUUGAGCUUUUUUCCCUCCAUAAAAAUAACAAAGAAAUCUAUUUUGUUAUUGAAUCACUUUAAAGUGUUCGACGCGAAAAUGAAUGCACAGUAUUGAAAAAAGAGAAACAUUAUUUGUUAAAAUUGAGUACGUAAUAAAUCACGUAAAACACACGAUAUAUUGGAAACUGCAUUCGUAACUUUUAGAUAGUUGGGCAAAAAUAAAUGGAGCCGCAACUUUGUAAAUAUUUUGCCUCUUUGUUCUGAGAAUUGUUAAAAUUCUCACCACUAUUUUUUAAUAAAAUGUAAGGUCAAUUCUUAUAAGUUUCAACUGAACGUACCUAUAAUGUUUAAAACUGAAUAUGCUGCAUUAAAACAAUAACUUUGUCUAUCAUUAUAAUAACGCCAAUUGGGUGAAAUAAAUACUAUUUAUGUACCUCAAUGACACAUUAUUAUCUUUAUUUUCAAUCUUGCGUAAUAACAUGACUUAAAACUUUUUUACUGUCAAGUCUGGCACUGUAUUCCAUCAGAACAUCUCAGUCUUGAUUCAUUCUAACGUACAGUUCUCUAAGUCUACAAAAUAUCAUUUUCUAUCCACCAUUCUGUUUAUAAACAUAUGGCAAGAUUACUUGAUAGAUUUAAGAAACUGUGUAUGUCAAUUUAAUCAAGAUUUUGAGUUUUGUAAGCUAAAUUUUUUCUCGAAUGAU